CACUGUUCAGAGUAAAGAGCCGAUGACACAGGCUCUGUCAUGUGAUCAGCUGUGUCCAAUCACAGCUGAUCGCAUGGCACUGAUGAUCAGUGUAGCCCCAUCACUGCCACCUAUCAGUGCCCAUCAAUGCCACCUGUCAGUGCUUACCAGUGCACAUCAAUGCUAGAUAUCAGUGCCCAUCAGAGCUGCCAUUCAGUGGCAACUAUGGAUGCCAGUCAGUGCUUCCUAUCAGUGCCACCUAUCAGUGCAAGUCAGUUCCACCUGUCAGUGCCACCUAACAGUUCCAAUCAGUGCCACCUUUUAGUGCCAGUGUUGCCUAUCAGUGCCAUAUGAGUGUUGCCUUUCAGUGCCCAUCAGUGA